AUGUAUACAUGCAAAAUCCCUCCGAAUUGCAAAGACUGUCCAUGUGGAAGCGGUUCAAAAGGAUAUAUGGUCUGCCUAUAUAGAGAGAGUUGCAAAGGAACUCUAAUUUAUUGCGAUGAUGAACCUUGUGGCGAUCUUCAUUCACAUAAAUUUGCUAUUAUUGGUAACGUGAUGGCUAGUAAAAUCAUAAAUGCAAAUAAAUUGAAGGAAGAAUGGGCGUAAAUUGAAUAAAGAAUAUGCGGCAAUUACGAAUAGUAUGAGUAUCUAAUCAAGUACUAUUCUAAUGGAAUGAAAACAUUUAACCUAAAAACAUUAAAAAAUCCUUAAGACUAACCAUUUACUACUUUAGAUGAGGCUAAUGAUAUUAUUGACCAAUUCUAUAAAACAUCAAUCGACUAUGUCUAAAAACUUGAAGAACUAUCUCUUGAAUGUGAGCUUGAGAAGAUGAUUUAACUAGAAUAAGAUGUAGGGGUUCUUCUUCUGGAUUAAUUUAACAAAGUAAAAUCUUUAGGAGUGCUAGAUCCUAAUCUGAUUUGGUUGUAUUACUAAGACUUAAUUGCAAUGGACUAUGAUAAUUUAGAGCUCAAAGAAGAUUUCACAACUGAUAAUUGGCAUGUCUUUCACAGUUUGCAGGAUAAAUCCUUUAAAAAGGCUCUAAAGGAAAGCAAAGCCGAAAAUUUUAUGUUAAAUGAAAAGAUAUAGAAAUUAGUUGAGAAAGUUGAUUCUCUUAUUUAUAAAAGUAAAUGA